AUCCAAAUUGUUGUGAUAAAUGAAGAAGAUAGGGUAAUAAGCAUAAGAUUAGUAGUACUAAAUAACCAACUAGUAAGCAAGAUGAAAGAACAAAAUAAUAAUAAUAAUAAUAAUGGGAAAUGAGAAUGUUGUAGUUUUAUUUUGGCGGUAAUAGAUUAGAUGGAAAAUUCUGUUUGGUUAUGUCGUAAAGCAAACCAAGUAGCUGUCUCUUGGAAUCGAACAAGUGCGAUUUGAAUAUUGAAUUCAUCUUCAGAAUAUCACGAUGAACAAGCCUCCACGAGAAAAUCAUGAACGUAACAACAACAACAACAACACUGUUACUACUCUUGAUUCCAGAUUCAGCCAGACCCUACGAAACGUUCAAGGGUUGCUCAAAGGUCGUAGCAUGCCCGGUAAAGUAUUGAUGAGCAGAAGGUCAGAACCUUCUGAUAACUUGAAUUCAAAGGUAUCCUCAACAUUCUACAAAAGGAGUUUCUCACACAAUGAUGCUGGCACAAGUGAUCAGAUAUCUGGUGCAGUAGAGGAGGAGGUUCAGAGUACAAGUAAAUCAGUUAGUGCUGCUAAUGUUAGUAAGUUAAAAAGCUCAACCUCUCUUGGGGAAAACUUAUCUGAAGACAUCCGCAAGUAUACCAUCGGAGCUAGAGCUACGGAUUCGGCAAGAGUUACAAAGUUCAAUAAGGUGCUUUCUGGAACAGUGGUUAUAUUAGACAAUUUGCGUGAAUUAGCUUGGAGCGGUGUUCCAGAUUAUAUGCGCCCUAAAGUGUGGAGACUCCUCUUGGGAUAUGAACCACCUAAUUCAGAUAGAAAGGAGGGAGUUCUAGGAAGGAAGCGCGGAGAGUAUCUUGACUGUAUUUCUCAGUAUUAUGAUAUUCCUGAUUCUGAACGUUCAGACGAUGAGGUCAACAUGCUUCGCCAGAUUGCCGUUGAUUGUCCAAGAACUGUACCUGACGUUACAUUCUUCCAGCAACAGCAAGUUCAGAAAUCAUUGGAACGUAUUCUUUAUGCAUGGGCCAUUCGACAUCCUGCAAGUGGAUAUGUCCAGGGGAUAAAUGAUCUCGUUACACCGUUUUUAGUUGUUUUUAUAUCAGAACACUUAGAAGGGGGUAUAGAUGAUUGGUCAAUGUCCGAUUUAUCUUCAGACAAAAUCUCUAAUGUAGAGGCUGACUGCUACUGGUGUUUGUCAAAGUUGCUUGACGGUAUGCAAGACCAUUACACAUUUGCUCAACCUGGAAUUCAGAGGCUUGUUUUUAAAUUGAAGGAAUUGGUCAGGAGGAUAGAUGAGCCUAUUUCACAACAUAUAGAGGAUCAGGGACUUGAAUUUCUUCAAUUUGCUUUCCGGUGGUUCAACUGUCUUUUGAUCCGCGAGAUACCAUUCGAUCUCAUCACACGCCUUUGGGACACAUAUCUAGCUGAAGGAGACGCCUUGCCAGACUUCCUUGUAUAUAUAUUUGCCAGUUUCCUUCUAACGUGGUCAGACAAACUCCAGAGGUUGGAAUUCCAGGAGUUGGUAAUGUUCCUUCAACACCUUCCAACUCAGAACUGGACUCACCAGGACCUCGAGAUGGUGCUUUCCCGGGCAUUUAUGUGGCACAGCAUGUUCAACAACUCUCCAAGCCAUUUCGCUAGCUGAGCUGGCAAUUGUGGUUUUCUGAAUUUAGUUCUCCUUCAAAUUAUACCUCUCUCUGCUUUCCAUCAGUGUUUCUUGCUUAGUGUAUGCCGUUUUUUUGUCAAUGCACGAUUUUUUCAACCAAUUGAGUGAUUUGUAAAGGAGAGACAAAUAACUGAUAGUCUCAAUUUUGUUGUAUUUAUUAUUUAUAUAUUUUCCAGAAUAGCAUCAAAUACCCAGUUUGUAUCCACAAGUGUGUUCUUUUCUAAUGUAUGCCUGUACAAAUAUUAUAAUG